CUUCUUGAUAUUCGUUGUGCCUCUCGGUGGUCGAAUUGUUUCUCAAAGUCAUAGCUACUGUGUUCCCAGCGGAUCCACCGCCGAGGCCGUAACGACAUCUUUCUACCCAGUCCUCCAAACCAAUCUGAUAUAUCUCUUGAGGCCAAUUGGACUUGAUCUUUAUUGCGAUACAUUUUGGAAAUCAAAGAGAGAGGACAAAAAUGUCUCAUCUCGCUGUGGAGCCAGAGUUCGAGCAGGCGUACAGAGAGCUGGCCUUUACUUUGGAAAACUCCACUCUUUUCGACCAGCACCCAGAAUAUCGCAGAGCGCUCGCCGUGGCAGCUGUGCCAGAGCGUACCAUUCAGUUCCGUGUGACUUGGGAAAAUGACAAGGGCCAACUGGAAGUCAACCGGGGUUACCGGGUUCAAUUCAACUCUGCUCUGGGGCCUUACAAGGGAGGCCUUCGGUUUCACCCCACAGUCAACAUGUCCAUCCUGAAGUUCUUGGGCUUCGAGCAGAUUUUCAAAAACGCCCUGACGGGAUUGAACAUGGGUGGCGGAAAGGGAGGCGCCGAUUUUGAUCCUAAGGGAAAAUCGGACAACGAAAUCCGAAAAUUCUGUUCCGCCUUCAUGAUGGAACUCAGCAAGCAUAUCGGUGCUGAUAUUGACGUUCCAGCUGGCGACAUUGGUGUUUCAGGGCGUGAGAUUGGUUUCCUAUUCGGUGCAUACAAGAGACAGCGACACCUGUGGGAGGGCGUAUUGACUGGGAAAGGACUUAGCUGGGGGGGAAGCCACAUUCGCCCCGAGGCCACUGGGUAUGGUCUGGUUUACUACGUCCAACACAUGAUCGAAUAUGCCACAGACGGCAAAGAAAGCUUCAAAGGCAAGCGAGUUGCGAUCUCCGGCUCGGGGAACGUCGCGCAAUACGCAGCACUCAAGGUCAUCGAAUUCGGCGGCACCGUCUGCUCUCUCAGCGACAGCAAGGGAUCACUAAUUGUCCGCGACCACGUGGAUAGUAUCACCCCAGAAGAAAUAUACCUGGUGCAAGAGCUCAAAGUCGAACGCAAGCAACUGUCUAGCCUUGCUAACACCGAUUCCUUCCGCGGACGAUACAAAUACGUCGAGGGCGAGCGACCGUGGACGCACGUCGGCAAAGUUGACGUCGUCCUGCCCUGCGCCACGCAGAAUGAGGUCUCUGGACCCGAAGCUCAGGCAUUGAUGGACGCUGGCGCUAAGUACAUUGCCGAGGGGUCUAACAUGGGUUGCACGCUGGCUGCUGUUGAGCACUUCGAAGCCAGUCGCCGCUUCCACGCCAUGGGGAAAUCCAUCUGGUAUGGCCCCGGAAAGGCAGCCAAUGCAGGCGGUGUUGCUGUCUCCGGUUUGGAGAUGGCGCAGAAUGCGCAGCGCCUAACCUGGACAGCUUCUGAGGUCGAUGCGAAAUUGAAGCAGAUCAUGAAGGAGUGCUUCGAGAUCGGCGUUCAGACGGCAAAGAAAUAUGUAUUGCCUGAAGAGGGCGGCGGAUUACCUUCCUUAGUUACGGGAAGCAACAUUGCUGGCUUCAUGAAAGUUGCAGCCGCGAUGAAUGAUCAGGGCGAUUGGUGGUGAAAAUAUGGGGCCAUUUUUCCAAUUUUCAGUUUCCAAGAGAUCAUUGCUUCCUGUCACUUAUAACCGUCUUGUAUAUUGAUCGGUCUGCUGGUAACGUUGGGGGUUCCUACGUUGCCUCUGGCGUUUUGUGCCAUUUAUUUUGAUACUCAUGUCUUGUUUUGUUUUGCGUGGGAUCGAUCAUGCGUGCUUGUCUCAUAGAAUCAUGAGCAGUGUUUGGGUGGAAUAGUUGGUGCCUGAUUUUGGGAUAUCUUCCUGCGAUUUUCAUCACUUCCAUGUUCCUUGCGGUGUUCGGUUUUUAUUCAUGGUUCAUGCAUGCUCUUCCAUAUCCAUGCGAGCGUUCACCCACAGUUCUGGCGAUUGUUGGACCCUGUAUUCUUCCUUGACGUUAACGAAUGAAUGUUGUGUUUAUCCUAUGGUUUUGGUGUAAACUGUCUUCUUGAGUUAAAUACCAGUAGUAUAAAUAAGAAAAUAACUUAGCAGAC